UCCUCAAGAUUUUGGUACAGAGGGAUUUUCCGUUGUUUAUCCGUCCAUUACAACACGGACACACGAAGCAAUGAAGUUUCCGACAGCAUGGGAUAGCCGAUGAACACCCAGACAUCUCCACUCACUGCCAAGAUAAUAUUAUAACAAAGAUGAAGGAUACCUCAUAUUACGAUGUAUUGGGUGUCAAUGUUGAUGCAUCCGCUGCUGAAGUCAAGAAGGCUUAUUACCGAAAAGCUAGGCAAGUUCACCCCGAUAAAAACCCCGGGGAUCCAAAAGCUGACGAGAAAUUUCAUGAACUCUCUGAGGCGUACCAGGUUCUAAGUGAUCCUUCAAAACGGGAACUAUAUGACAAACAUGGAAAGGCAGGACUCCAACAAGGCUCCAUGAUGGAUCCUGCAGCCGUGUUCGGGAUGGCUUUCGGAAGCGAAUACUUCGAUGAAUAUGUUGGACAACUGCAAAUGGCUACUUUGGCAUCUGUUGAACUUGAAGAUACUUCACUAGACAGGGAAGCUCGCUUGCAAAGGCUUAAGGAAAUGCUUGCGACAUUGCAGAAAGAAAGGGAAGAAAGGCUUAUCAAAACUCUGAAAACCAGGAUCCAGCCGUACGUUGAUGGUUAUGCCACCGAGUUCAUUGAUUGGGCAAAUUCCGAAGCACAGAGACUUUUGAAAGCUGCAUUUGGUGAGCAAAUGCUACAGACUAUAGGAUAUGUUUACACGAGGAAAGGUGCGAGCGAACUCGGCAAAGAAACGUAUAUGAUGGUACCCUUUUUUACCGAAUGGGUGCGCGAUAAAGGUCACCGUAUGAUAUCACAAGUAAUUGCAGCCUCAGGUGCUGUUAAUUUAAUCCAGAUACAAGAAGAGCUGAAGAAAGCGACACAAGGAGAACAAUCAGAAGAAAACUUGAUGAAAACCUUUGAAGAUAGAAAGGACGCCAUGCUUCAAUCCCUUUGGAAGAUCAAUGUAGUUGAUAUUGAAACAACCUUAUCUAAUGUUUGCUUAGCAGUACUUGAAGACCCUGAUGUACCUAAGGAAGUUCAGGUUUUACGAGCCAAAGGAUUGAAAACGCUUGGAUCAAUUUUUGAAGUACGAAAUACUCAAGAGUCUUGUAGUUCAGCUUGAUACUGAGUUUUGUUUGAGAUGGUUGUAAUUUGUGUUCUUGGUUCAUACUGGACUCUGUUCAACUUCAUCUUCAACCUCUAAUACCAUCAAACCGAUAUUUCGACCUCCAUCUUCCUUCAUAUAUUGUGUUUUUCUUUGCAAACCUCUAUCUUCGUCAAAAACAUCAACAUCGACAAAGCUAUAAACAUCGGUUCCCCGGCAUAUUCAUCUCGAUACUCGAUGGGUAUCCGCUUCUUUGUCGAUAUAUGUGUUUUGUUGGAAGUUGUUGGAUUUGUUUAUUCUUGUACAAUGUG